AUGCCGACUAUGGCGGAACCAUUGUCGGACCCGGACUUUGACAAAUUCACCGACGAGAUCAGUUCUUUGUACCCACAAGACAGCUUCGGGCCCGAAUUCUUAUCCAAACUUGCCGAACUCGUCGAACUCGCGCGCGGGGGUGUGUUGGUCUACGACGCUGAAUUGAAAGGUCUCCACAAACAGGAGAUUUGGAGUGCUACUUUCAAGGAUGUCCCCGAUAUCAUGUCUUUUCUCCAACGUGCGCCACAAGCUUUCACCAGUAUCAACUUCCUUGAGUUCCCAUUCGACAGUCCCGAGUACGAUCUGGUAUUUGCGCUAAGAGUAGCCUUGAGGUUCCUUAGAUCAGACCAGUCCCAAUCCUUGUCUACUGGUGGAACGCAAUGCUCGACAGAUGGGAGAUUGUUCUGUUCGUCUGACAAGCAUGCAAUAAUAUUCCGGACACCCAGCGGCUCUGUGCCAUUUUUGAAACUCUCGCUCGAUGAGAUUGAGUCUGAGGGCAUUGAAAGACGAUGGCUGGCGGUAGUAGCCUAUGACAAGGCGGGCAAGUGGCCGGAGAAGGAGAUUGCAAGAUGCAAACGGCGCAUGGAAGAGUACAGAUAUACAGAGGACCACAAUCCAAAUACAAACGAAGCAGCACCCUUCGACGCCUUCGCUUCUAUGCUUGAGGGAUUUAUAAUGCUGUACAUGGACGUUGUUGCAAGAGAGGCAGAGGGAUUCAUGGCAGCGAUCCAAAGUGUGGAAGAAUCCCUAGCAUCCGAUCGGACUUUAAGCACCUUACUGCGGGAGCUCAAUGCUAUCAGCCAUAAGAUUAAGGACUCCAACCUAAAAACAAAGUUUGCGUUCAGUACCGAUGCCGCAGAAUGGGCAGCCGAUAUUCUGAGGUCAAUUGAACCCAAACACAUGCGGCGGGACCUGCCGGGGUUCACUCGAUGGAUGCAGAAGAACCAUCCAGAUCGUUUACGGGAAAACAUUGCGGAGGUACGCCAGCAAAUCAAUGAUGCCAUCGCGGAAAGGCAGCAGAAGAGACAGGAGCAGCUUCAACACCGAGAAGAUUCUCGAGCGGAAAGGGAAGAGAAGUUUCUCGAAGAAAGCAUCAGGAUUGCCGAAGAGACAAAACGCGACAGUCGAACUAUGCGCGGCAUAGCCUGGGUUACCAUCGCAUUCCUUCCCGCGACCUUUGUGUCCUCAUUCUUCGGCAUGAACUUCUUCAACGGUAUUGCCGGAAAAGUCCCAUUCGAUGAGGCCAGCCACAGCGUCUGGCUUUUCUUUGUGGUAGCUAUACCAAUCAGCGCGGCGGUACUGUCCACGUUUUAUAUCUGGGAUGAAAAAGAGGCAAAGAAGGAUACUAAGAGGAAGGAAGAAGACGAUGAAAAUCUUGUAGAGAGUGACGACAAGAACGAGAAGAUCGAGACGACCAUCCCGACGAACAUCCCUGGCGAACCACCGUUGUUGACUUACCAACUCGACAAUGUACACGCUCAAAGUUCCUCGCGAGAAGACUUGGAGUUCGAGCGCGAAGCCCGAAAGGACGAGACGGAAUAG